GGUAAAAUCUUAUCAAAAUAGAAAAAUUAAAGGGCUUUUAGACAAAUAACCCAUUAAAUCCCUUCCUCCAGUCUGCCCUUCUCAACCCCAUUGUCAAUCGUCGGCGACUCUUCUUCUUCCCCUUCCCCACCGUAGUCUCCUUUCUGACGGGGUUUUCCUUGAUCGUCUCUCUGUCGUCUCCGAUAUGAUUUUAUACACCACUGCUUUCUGACACCGUUGCUUGUUCCUCUGGCAUCUGUUAUAAUUUUCCACGCACACGAUUUCCUCAUCUUCUGUAACAUACAACUCGUCCCGGCCACCGCUUAAAAUGGAGGAAACGACGACGCCGGAUGGUUCCAUCGUAGAUGAAUCGGAGAUAGAGUAUGUGAGCUAUGCCGGCGAGCAUCACUUGCCCCUUAUCAUGCGCCUCGUUGAUGAAGAACUCAGCGAACCCUAUUCCAUCUUCACGUAUCGUUACUUCGUUUAUCUCUGGCCCAAUCUCUCCUUCCUCGCGUUCCAUAAGGGGAAAUGCAUCGGAACAGUGGUUUCUAAAAUGGGAGAACACCGUAAUACUUUCAGAGGCUACAUUGCUAUGCUCGUUGUCCUCAAACCUUAUCGUCACAGAGGAAUUGCUACAGAACUUGUUACAAGAUCCAUAAAAGUGAUGAUGGAAUCAGGUUGUGAAGAGGUAACAUUGGAAGCUGAAGUGACAAAUAAGGGGGCGCUUGCAUUAUAUGGGCGUCUGGGGUUUAUAAGAGCAAAAAGGCUAUUUAGAUACUAUUUGAAUGGUGUUGAUGCUUUUAGAUUGAAGUUACUAUUUCCACAUCCAGAAUUACCACCUUCCCACCCCUACCCCCACUCCAACACUGUAAUGUCAUCGGUUCUUGAGAGUUAUGCAGCACAUGAACUUGGUCCAUGAGUCAAAUCUAGAACAAUUCAUUUUCUUUAAUCAAUGUAUAACUGUAAUCAAAAGAUUCGGUUUUUGUUCCCAAUUGAAAUGCUUAGUUUUAUUAGUAAAAAUAUUGUUAUUCGAACUGGUUGUACUGUGUUUGACAUGUGAUAUGUUGCUUUUUGUCCCAUCAAAAAAUGUGGAGCAAGAAAAGAGCGG